AUGGAUGUACUUUCGUCCGCUGAUGGCAUAAGAUCUCUUUGUGAGCGGUUGAGAGUCGAACGCCUGUUGAUCAAUAGCGAAGUAGCCUCCCUGCGAGAGCUGAACAACGAAAUAUCUGAGAAGCUUCUUCAGUUGGGUUUGCUUUCAUGGAAUAACAAACAGCAUCAGCUUCUACUUCAUCGUCUAGUAAGUUCGCAUAGCUGUGUCUCUCAAGACAAUUCAUGUGCUAUAUCGUCACAACUUAAUGCUGUGGAAUACGAAGAAGCCUAUCGGAAAUUGGGUCAUCAUCAUUCUCCAGUAGGGAGAUGUCUGUCCCUUCUCUACACUUCGCCUUUAGGAACCGCUGAGCUUUUACAUGCCAUUGGACAAAGUCAGGAGCUUUCCUCCGACGACAGUAUUCACGCCAUGUUCAGCCUUGUUUACGGUAAUUGUGUCUUCCCUAGUGAUGAGAAAGCAGUUCUCGAGACACUUAAUUGCUUGAUACGUGUUCAACUCCUCACUCAUAAUAAUCCUCGCCUUAUCAUCCGUAAAGGCGCAGCAGCCUUCCCGCGUCUGUACAAACUCUACAGUGAUUCACUAUAUGCCGCAAAGAUUUUCCUUACCGCUGCACUUCAUGAUUCCGUCAUGCUGGUCCUAUGUCAAGAUGAGGUUUUCCUUGACAUUGACCCUGCUAAGUCUCCUCUACGAUUCCCCAGCGCGGAUCGUGUGCGGCGUUUCGGUGAUGACCCUACCAGUGCUCAGUAUCAUAAAAGAGUGGCCGCGCAUCGGAAGUUAAUUGUUGAAAAGCUUGUCCUGCUUGCUCACAGUUUCAUCAAAGGGAUUUGCGAUGCUAUUUCGUGUUUCCCGUCCGGCUUAAUAUGGCUAGUGCAGCAGCUGAAUUCAUCGCUAACCGAAAUUAAACGACUUCCUAUGUCUGAAGCAACACUCAUCUGUACUGACCUUAUCGUAACCAACUUAUUAUGUCCUGCAAUUAUAAACCCGGAAAAUGUGGGCAUUAUCAGUGAUACCCCCAUCAGUCAUAUUGCUCGUUUUAAUCUCAUGCAAAUUGGACAGAUUAUUCAGACUCUUGCGCUGAGCCGCUAUGAAACACCACAGCCUCACUUCCAUAUCUUCGCUGCACAAUUCAAAGAUAGUCCUAUUUGUGAUAUUGUUGGCUCCCUUUUGUCGCGUUCAUUGGGUUCGUUUGAUUCACUCUUUCCCCCUGUUUUGUGCGAGUCGCACAGGUCAAGAGAGCUGUUUCGUCGCACUUAUUUCAUGGGUUCAGUUGCUGAAGUAAACUCUGUGAUGUCAAUUCUUCAUUCGAAUGCCUUGUCAAAUAUAUCAGCAAAUGACCUCCGUACCGAACUGGACGCCUUGCGUAUCCGUCUUCCUAAAUCGUUUUCAACAAUUUCCACGACUGCUGUAACAGAACUACCUGGUGAUCCACUCACACAGACAAAGCCUAACAAAAUGAAGAAUUUCGCUGAUAAAGUUCAUAACUCCCUCUCGACUUCACCACCGCAUAACACAUCUCGUUCACAUGUUUCAUCGAAUGUGCCUCGUCUACCGCAAGAGUCCUUUGAAGUGGUUGUGUUUCACAUGGAGGCACCAACUGAUCCUGUCGGCUUGAUCCCAGAGGACAAGUACAUGGAAAGUUUAGCAGUUGCGGGUGCAUCAAAGAAACAUGCCAGAGGAGGGACCCAGAAGAGAACUCGUUUUGUUGACACAGGAAGCAAUGUUGGAUCUGCUGUGUCCGACCGCACUCCUGAUAAUGCCUCUGAUCUUGAGGAAGAUGGUGCAGAACAACAGGAAGUUGGCUCAAUAUCCAGUAGCUUGGAGGCACCUCAGGAAGACAGGUAG